AUGAAAAUUAAAAUAAUAUUUUCAAUUUGUUUUAUUUUAACUUUUAUUCACAGUAAAUUAUUUGUAAAAUCAUUAUUUAAUUCAAGUAAUAUUUGUUUCAAAAGUUGUAGUGAAAUUGGAGAACAAUGUAUAACGGAUAACCAAUGUUUCGGAGAUUCAAAAUGUUUAAAAAAGAUUCCGUCAUAUCAAUUUGGUCACAAUGAAUCAACUUCAAAAUGUUCAAUUAUUAGAAAUUUAAAUGAAAAAUGUAAUGAAAAUCAAUGUUCCUCGGGACUAUUUUGUGAAUUUGAAUGGUUUUAUAGUAGUGAAGGUGGAUCUUGUAGGAAUACUCGUUUUUCAUUAAUUGAUGAAGAUUGUUCAAGUUUUAGAGAUUGUAGUAGUUUAUUUGCAGAUUGUAUAAAUGGAAAAUGUAAAUCAAAUCAAAAUAAAUGUUUUGUUGAUUUUGAUUGUUCAUCAAAUCAGUAUUGUAAUUCAGAUAUUGGAAAAUGUGAAAUAUUUUCAAAAAUUAAUCAACCAUGUAAUUCAUCGUUACCCCAAUCAUGUGAAUUUGGUUCAUUUUGUUCAAUAAAUUCAAAUAUAUGUCAACAAUCAUUUUCAUUAAAUCAAGGUGACAAAUGUAAUCCUCAAUCUCAAACUGAUUGUAAAUUAAAUUAUUACUGUUCAUCAUCAGAUGGAAUUUGUGUAGAAUAUGAAGCAAAUAAAAACAAUUGUAAUGGUAAUGAAAAUAUAUGUGAUUCUAGUUAUUCAGUUUGUGGUUGUGAUUCACAAUGCCAUUCAGUUGUAAAUGUAAAUAUAAAAUCAAGUAAACCAUUAACAGAUUUAAGAGAUUGCUUAAUAAAAUAUAAUAUUUCAAUAGUGAGAAAUAGUAACAGUGAGAAUUCAACAAUUUAUAAAAAAUGUUCAAAAGAAUAUUGUCAAUAUUUAACAAUGUUAUCAAUUGAUAAUAAUGAUAACAACUAUUUUCAAUGUACAAAUAAAACAUCAACUAAUAUAAUAUCAAAUUUACCAAUUUGUUUAAAAGCCAAUAAUAAUAACAACAACAAUAAUAAUAUACCACCAUCAUUAAACCACUCUAAUAGAAAUAUAUAUAUAAAUCACUAUUUAUCUAUUAUUAUUUUAUUUUAUUUUAUUUUUUUUGUAAAUAAUUAA